UUGUCCGUACUGCAAAGAAAUACGCUUGCUCGCUCUCGUCUCGUCUACAUUGGAUUUCCUAUCUUAUCCUGCGGCACAUUUACAUGAUUGAUCAUUGCUUUUAUUUUUUGAAAUGGGCGGGCGAACGUCGUGCGUAUAUACCUUUACACCUAUCUCAUCUAUCAACCAUGUACCCGGUCAUCCAUCUACCACAUCACAGUGCACAUGUAUACAUGUAUAUAUAUACACAAGUACAAAUAUGUCUCGACAGAUAAAUUACGAAAAACUCCGCCAUGCUGAAAAGUUAAACGGCAUCGUACUCAAAGAUCGUCGAAGAUAUCAUUCUCGUCUCGUACAUUUGAUUUCCCGAGGUCUAGAAGACGUGGGAAAACGAAUGCAUCCAGCUCGAAACCUAUCGAUGGGACGGUGGGUUGAGCGAGGCAUGAGACCGGCAGGUGUAUUGUUUAUUCUUUUUCAAGAAGCCAUGGUAUUAAGAAUCUACUUCAUCUCACGCUCGAAUGAGGAGGUGGUGAGGGUGUUGGUUCGGCAUGCGUGCGAAGUGUAUCAAUGUUCUCAUCGAAGGCUACUACAGUCGGGCUGUCAUCGUAUCGGAUAUUUGGGGCGUGGACGUUCGUGGAUAAUGUAUUGGUCCGGUUGCGUGAUACGAUGAGAGGGCGCGAUGAGGGCGCUGACGCUGAUGCCGAUGAUACUGAUGCUGAAUAUACUAUGCACGAUGGAGCUUUGCUUG